AUGGAGCCAGCAGCAGUGCAACAGCAAAAUGACGGAAUGGCUCAACAGCUUCCCCCGGCUCUGCCGCCCAUUUCGCGGCCGACUACCACGAUUGCUCCGCAUUACCUCGAAAGGAUCUGCCUCAGCGAUAUGAAGGACGUCCCCGACUCUCGUCUCAUGGAAGAAGGACCCAUCCUCGUCGGAGAGCUGGACUGGGCCUGGAACGGCCGCUUUUGGGAUCCCUACUACCGUCGAACGGAAGAAUACCCUGGUUGGCGUUACUCGGCGACAAACACCCCCCAUUUCGCUCAAGCGGUGGCCUGCAUGACGCGACUUACCCGGAAGUGCGUGGAUCUCAACUUCCCGCUGAACCUCGUCUACGAGAAGGAUAAUAUCAUGCAUAUGGCCUCUUCUCGUUUCUUCAACUGCUUCAAUUACACUCUCACGCCCAGAGUCGUCAACGCCGCCUACGAUUUGCUGGUCGCGCUGCACCCAACAAGACUGCUGGACCUACCGCCCACCGACAGCGACAACGACAUCUCCAUCGAAGCGAUUCAGAACUUGCUAGAGCUACAGAAACAGGCGCAAGAGAAAUGA